AGGAGGAGAAAACGGGUGUGGAAAAAAACACAACACGGCAGCAACCGUUUGCUGUCAUUUUUAAGUGUUAAUUGAUCAAACUUAAGCUUCUUUUUUUGUAAAGUAGAGAGGAAACCCAGCAUGGCAUCAGCUCCAGCCCAGCAGCCCACCCUGACCAUAGAGCAGGCUAGAGUGGUUUUGAGUGAGGUGAUCCAGGCUUUCUCUGUGCCUGAGAACGCCUCUCGGAUGGAUGAGGCAAGGGAAAGUGCCUGCAAUGACAUGGGGAAGAUGCUCCAGCUGGUUCUUCCUGUGGCUACUCAAAUCCAGCAGGAGGUGAUCAAGGCUUACGGCUUCAACAAUGAAGGAGAGGGUGUCUUGAAGUUUGCCAGACUGGUGAAGAUGUACGAAUCUCAGGACCCAGAGAUCGCCGCCAUGUCACUAAAGCUCAAGUCGCUUCUUCUGCCCCCUCUGUCGACCCCGCCUAUCGGGGGUGGAAUCCCAGCAUCCUAAGUGACAGUACGUCGGGUUCUACAACGUAGGGGUUCAAAGCUUCAACUACCGUCACAGUUACUGUCCUGCGUCCAGAAUAGUGCUAUAUUUUCCAGACUAUAAGACUAUAAAAUGCACCAAACAAAACACACAUGGCUCCACAAUCAGCAAAUCUGCAGCUCUCAGUCACAACACCGUAGCUGGUGGUUUAAUUGAUAUGAGAAGUACGGUGGUGCCUAGUGGCGGGUGAUGUUUAAGGUAGGUUUGGAACAAACACUAGGAUAGAAAUAAAUAUACCUGUUGCUCAGUCUGCACACUGUCAUGUUAUUCUUCUUCCUCGCAGUGAAAAUUUCAGAACAAUGAUGAAUAUUUGUCCUUCAUGUGGCUAUGCCUAAUGUAAAUGUUAAAUGGUCACUACUCUGAUGCACUCAUUUGACUGGGCACAGGCUUUAUGCCAGAUCCACUUUCUGAUGCAACACUAAGUUCACCAGGGGCUGGGUUUGCCCACUGUACUGUAUGCGAUACAUAAAGAGCACAAAUAAAUAUAUCUUACAAAUUAUAGUCUGGAAAAUCCACUAUUGACAUCCUAAACUUGCUCCCAUUCCAUCUUUUGUAUUAUCAUUUCAUAUUCCCUCUUAUAUUUAUUUGUGUUGUGCUGUAUAUAGCACAAGGACUUGGUAAUUCAUGUGAAAUAAUGUAAAGAUUUGUGUGAAAUCUGUUUCUGUAUAAGACUAAAGUGAUGAGUCUCACUUUGAUUUCGGUUUAAAUUCUUAAAGUUGCUGUGGAAAUUCCAGCAAAAACCCAAGAAACAGUUAAACUUCAGGAUAUCACAAAAGUGUCCAUACAUUAGGGAUUGGUUUAGUUAAAUGUUUGAAAUAUUUUCAUACUUUUAAGUUUUUACAUAUAUUCUUUAAACUCCCAAGAUCUAAGCUCAGUCGUUGUUGUUUUGUUUUUUUUGCUGUGGGAGCACAUGUAGGCCAUGGUGUACCAGGAAACAGUGCAAAGAUCAUGUAAAGGAACUCAUCUGAAGUGUAGAUACACGCAUAACCCCAGACAUGCUAAGAUAAGUUCAUCAGGACUGAGACAGCAAGAAAUGGCCAUCAUGUAAAUAAGAUUUUGUUCAUUUCCCCUGUGUAGUGAGACUUUUUUAUAUGAUGUGGAGUCAAUCAGCAGUUUUUGCACAUUGCCAACAAAGUCUUUGGCAGGAGGGAGUUUUAUGAAACUGUAUGAAGUCACUUUUGACUACCACUUUUGUCUUGAGUGUCUUUAUACAGCAAAACGUCUGCUGAAGUUUGAUUUCUUCAUGCAUAACACCAUCUACAUUUAAGGUUUACAACCAGCUGAGGUGCAACCCGCUUUCAAACACUAGUAUUCAUAGUUUAACUUUUUCCUCCUUAUUUUUUGUUUUUUUAUAUUGUUACAUUUUGUCUUCUGUUCAUUUUCAGUGUGCAAUAAAAUAUUUAAUCAGGAUCAA